UGACCGGCUGCUGAUAUCACACAUCUCAUCAUUCGGCCGCACAGCAGUGGGGCUAGCGGGCAGGGAUGCAUAUUCAAUGGCCAUCACUGUCAUCAAGAUGAGGGGGGUGGACUGGCGGAACAGCACGGGGCCCGUGUGUGAGCGAGUCUCCUCUGAACCCUGUGACACGCUGGGGGCUCCUGUGUGCAUA